UCUCUUUUGUCCACACGGACGUUCCAUAGACUGAUGCAGGCUUCUGCGAAGAAAGAAACCUGAGUAGACUAGCCUUUACUGCCUGUCUCAAGCGUACAAUACAGUUAAUGUGUCCAUAAAAAUGGCUGCUGUAUUUAUUCGGCGUUAUUAAGACACUGAGCAGCAUACAUCGCCACGACUUGGCUUAUUGCUGGGAAAGGGAUGUCAACUCCGGAUCCUCCAGAGGGAGGGGCCCCCAGACCUGGCCCUUCCCCUGGCUCCGCCCACAACAUGAUGGGUCGCAGCCCGGGCCCGCCCACCUCGUCAGCCCACACCAUCCCUCCAUCAGGACCACCAGGGUUUACCCAGGAGAACAUGCAUCAGUUACACAAACAGCCUGUGGAGGGCACGCUGGAGAAGAACAUCGCUGAGGACCCUCGCUUCAGUCAGAUGAAGGGGAUGUCGAUGAGACCUGGAGGCCACGGUGGCAUGGGGCCGCCUCCAAGUCCCAUGGACCAACACUCCCAAGGUUAUCCAUCUCAUUUGAGUGGCUCAGAGCACGGUUCCAGUCCAGUGUCUGGCAGUGGUCCUCCUUCAGGUCCUCUCCUGCCCUCCUCCUCCUCUGGGCCUGGUUCUGGGCCCAUGGAGACCAGCGAGCCCCAGCCCAUGAGCCAACCGACCCGCUCGGUGGUGUCGGUCGGGGGACCCAGCGGCGGUCCUGUUAACACGGACAGCACAUGCGGGCCCACCCCGUUCAACCAGAACCAGCUGCACCAGCUGCGCGCUCAGAUCAUGGCCUACAAGAUCCUGGCACGUGGGCAGCCUCUACCGGACCACCUGCAGAUGGCGGUGCAGGGCAAACAGCCCAUGCCAGGCAUGCAGCAGCAGCCCAUGCCCACCAUCCCCCCGUGCACCGGUCCAGCCACGGGCCCUGGGCCCAUGGGCGCCGGGUUCAGCAGAGGUCACGGAAUGGUGGGGCCCAACAUGCCUAUGGCUGGUCCUUCAGGGGGUCCCAACAUGCAGGGACAGCCUCACGGAGGACCCCCCAAAAACUGGCCUGAGGGACCCAUGGGGAAUGCUACCACCCCCUCCAACGCCUCCCAGAAGCUGAUCCCCCCACAGCCCACGGGCAGACCCUCCCCCACACCCCCCUCGGUGCCCUCUGCGGCCUCCCCUGUCAUGCCCCCCCAGAACCAGAUGCCAGGGCAACCCGGCCAGCCCACAUCCAUGGUGUCCAUGCACCAGAAGCAGAUCCGCAUCACGCCCAUACAGAAGCCCUGCGGUCUGGACCCAGUGGAUAUCCUGCAGGAGAGAGAGUACAGGCUGGAGGCCCGCAUCACACAUCGUAUCCAGGAACUGGAGAAUCUCCCGGGUUCCCUGGCUGGAGACCUCCGCACCAAAGCCACCAUAGAGCUCAAAGCCCUGCGGCUGCUUAACUUCCAGAGACAGCUGCGGCAGGAGGUGGUGGUGUGUAUGCGGCGGGACACGGCCCUGGAGACGGCCCUGGACGCGCGGGCCUACAAGCGCAGCAAGCGGCAGUCCCUGCGUGAGGCUCGCAUCACCGAGAAGCUGGAGAAGCAGCAGAAGAUCGAGAGGGAGCGCAAGCGCCGCCAGAAACACCAGGAGUAUUUGAACAGCAUCCUCGCGCAUGCUAAGGACUUCAAGGAGUACCACCGCUCCAUCACAGGCAAGAUCCAGAAGCUGACCAAAGCCGUGGCCACCUACCACGCCAACACUGAGCGCGAGCAGAAGAAGGAGAACGAGCGCAUCGAGAAAGAGAGAAUGAGGAGACUGAUGGCUGAGGAUGAGGAAGGCUACCGUAAGCUCAUCGACCAGAAGAAGGACAAGCGCCUGGCCUACCUGCUGCAGCAGACGGACGAGUACGUGGCCAACCUCACCGACCUGGUGCGCGCCCACAAGGCCGUGCAAGCCCUCAAGGGGAAGAAGAAGAAGAAGAAGAAAAAGAAGACGACGACGACGAAGGUGGAGACUGCAGAAGGUCAGGCAGGAGGAGUGGGGCCUGAUGGAGAGGCGCUGGAUGAGACCAGUCAGAUGAGUGACCUGCCGGUGAAGGUCAUCCACGUGGACAGCGGGAAGGUCCUGACCGGGGGGGAGGCACCCAAGGCAGGGCAGCUGGAGACCUGGCUGGAGAUGAACCCAGGCUAUGAAGUGGCACCCAGGUCCGACAGCGAGGACUCUGGCUCUGAGGGAGAGGAGGAGGAAGAGGAUGAGCAGCCCCAGUCCUCUCAGGCUGCUGCGGACGACAAGAAGAAGAUCACCGACCCCGAUGACGAAGUGGACGCCCGAGACAUCAUCGAUAAUGCUAAGCAGGAUGUAGACGAUGAGUACAGCAGUGCAGCCUUCGAACGCGGCCUGCAGUCCUACUACGCCGUGGCCCACGCCGUCACAGAGAAGGUGGACAAGCAGUCCUCCCUGCUGGUCAACGGCCAGCUCAAGCAUUACCAGAUCCAGGGUCUGGAGUGGUUGGUGUCCCUCUACAACAACAACCUGAACGGCAUCCUGGCUGACGAGAUGGGCCUGGGGAAGACCAUCCAGACCAUCGCCCUCAUCACCCACCUAAUGGAGUACAAGCGCCUCAAUGGGCCCUUCCUCAUCAUCGUGCCCCUCUCGACGCUCUCCAACUGGGUGUAUGAAUUUGACAAGUGGGCCCCGUCUGUGGUGAAAGUGUCCUACAAGGGAUCUCGUGCCGCGCGAAAAGCAUUCGUCCCUCAGCUGCGCACUGGCAAGUUCAAUGUACUCUUGACAACCUAUGAGUACAUUAUCAAGGACAAGCAAAUCCUGGCCAAGAUCCGCUGGAAGUACAUGAUCGUGGACGAGGGCCACCGCAUGAAGAACCACCACUGCAAGCUGACGCAGGUGCUGAACACACACUACCUGGCGCCGCGGCGCGUCCUCCUCACCGGCACGCCGCUGCAGAACAAGCUGCCCGAGCUCUGGGCCCUGCUCAACUUCCUGCUGCCCACCAUCUUCAAGAGCUGCAUCACCUUCGAGCAGUGGUUCAACGCGCCCUUCGCCAUGACCGGAGAGAAGGUGGACCUGAACGAAGAGGAGACCAUUCUCAUCAUCCGUCGUCUGCACAAGGUGCUCCGCCCCUUCCUGCUUAGGAGGUUGAAGAAGGAAGUGGAGGCUCAGCUUCCUGAGAAGGUGGAGUACGUGAUCAAGUGUGACAUGUCAGCCCUGCAGAGGGUGCUGUACCGCCACAUGCAGGCCAAAGGAGUCCUGCUGACAGAUGGGUCAGAGAAGGACAAGAAGGGCAAAGGAGGGACCAAGGCUCUGAUGAACACCAUCGUGCAGCUGAGGAAGAUCUGCAAUCACCCCUACAUGUUCCAGCAGAUCGAGGAAUCCUUCUCUGAGCAUCUGGGUUUCUCUGGAGGCUUUGUUCAAGGCCCUGACCUGUAUCGCGCCUCGGGGAAGUUUGAGCUGCUGGACCGCAUCCUGCCCAAGUUACUGGUCACCAACCACAAGGUGCUGCUCUUCUGCCAGAUGACCUCCCUCAUGAACAUCAUGGAGGACUACUUUGCCUAUCGCAGUUUCAAGUAUCUGCGUCUGGAUGGCACCACUAAGGCUGAAGACCGUGGCAUGCUGCUGAAGACCUUCAACGACCCAGCCUCCGACUACUUCGUCUUCCUGCUCAGCACCAGGGCCGGGGGGCUGGGCCUCAACCUGCAGUCGGCCGACACCGUGGUCAUCUUCGACAGCGACUGGAACCCACACCAGGACCUGCAGGCCCAGGACCGGGCCCACCGCAUCGGGCAGCAGAACGAGGUGCGCGUGCUUCGCCUCUGCACCGUCAACAGUGUGGAGGAGAAGAUCCUGGCCGCCGCCAAGUACAAGCUGAACGUGGACCAGAAGGUGAUCGAGGCCGGCAUGUUCGACCAGAAGUCCUCCAGCCACGAGCGGCGGGCCUUCCUGCAGGCCAUCCUGGAGCACGAGGAGCAGGACGAGGGAGCCAGUGCAGAGAGGCAAGUACAGGAGGAAGAUGAAGUUCCCGAUGAUGAGACCCUCAACCAGAUGAUCGCCCGAAGUGAAGAGGAGUUUGACCACUUCAUGCGCAUGGAUCUGGACCGGCGGCGCGAGGAGGCGCGCAACCCCAAGCGCAAGCCCCGUCUGAUGGAGGAGGACGAGCUGCCCUCCUGGAUCCUGAAGGACGACGCGGAGGUGGAGGCGCUCACCUGCGAGGAGGAGGAGGAGAAGAUGUUCGGCCGCGGCUCGCGCCAGCGCAGGGACGUGGACUACAGCGACGCGCUCUCUGAGAAGCAGUGGCUCAAGGCCAUAGAGGGCGACACACUGGACGAGGCUGAGGAGGAGCUGAGGCACAAGAAGGCGACCCGCAAGAGGAGACGGGACCGCGACCUGGACACCCCGGGCCCGUCCACGUCCGGGAGCGUACGAAGCGGGGGGAGGGACAGGGGCAGAGAAAGAGAACGAGAAAGAGACAGAGACAGGGAUGACGAUGGCAAGAGACAGAGGAGACGAGGCCGUCCCCCCUCCGAAAAGAUCUCGCCCAAUCCCCCCAUCCUGACCAAGAAGAUGAAGAAGAUCGUCGACGCCAUCAUCAAGUACAAAGACAGCAGUAAUGGCCGUCAGCUGAGUGAGGCGUUUAUCCAGCUCCCCUCCCGCAAGGAGCUGCCGGAGUACUAUGAGCUCAUCCAGAGGCCCAUGGACUUCAGGAAGAUCAAGGAGAGGAUCCGCAGUCACAGGUACCGCAGUCUCAACGACCUGGAGAGAGAUGUAAUGCUGCUGUGUGAGAACGCCCAGACCUAUAACCUGGAGGGCUCUCUGAUUUAUGAAGACUCCAUAGUGCUGCAGUCUGUUUUCACCAGCCUGCGGCAGAAGAUUGAGAAGGAGGAGGAGGAGAGAGAGGGAGAAGAGAGUGAGGAGGAGGUGGAGGCCGAUGAAGGAUCUGAGUCUGAAGUGCGUUCGGUGAAAGUGAAGAUCAAGAUUGGUCGUAAGGAGAAGGAGAAGACCACAGAGAGAGAGAAGAGUCGCAGGCGGGGCGGUCGCACCAGAGCCAAACCCGUAGUGAGUGAUGACGACACUGAGGAGGAGCAGGAGGAGGAGCGCUCUGCCGCUGCCAGUGAGGAAGACUGAGAGGCCCUAAGCGCUCUACAUCAGAGGCCGAGACAAAGAGAGAGAGAGAGAGACAGAAGGACAAAGACAGGGAGGGGGAGAGAGGUUGUGUAAGGUACCAUCAACCAGAACCAAUCAUCAGUUGUGUUCGUUUUCUUUUCAGUGGCACUCAGAGAGAGUCGCAGGCAGAGGAUUCUGAUGGGGAAAGUAAAAUAAAAAAAAAAUACAAAUAAAAAAAUAAACAGCUCUGUGGUCUAAAGGGAACUUUGUGUAGGUUUCUCUGUUUGAGAGGACAAAGCUACUAAGAAACCGAAUAGAUGGUGUACAGAGGACAGGCCACCGUAGCCUAAGGAAGACCGCUAUAGUGUGCAUAGACUUAAGCUGCUCGCUAGUUCUGCAGCUUGCGAGGAGCACCUAACCCCCUAGAGCCCAAAGCCUGCCGAGACGUGGACCAGGGAGUCAUCCCCCCCUCCCCUUGAUUGACAGCUGACCUAAUCAUUUCCUUCACUUGUCAAACAAGCAAAGCACAUUAAGCAAACUGCUGAUGGUCUGAGAAUUCAUCCAGUCUGUUUAGACACACACACACACACACACACACACAAAGUAAAACUUGCUGUUGGGUGUUGCGUAGGUGUUGCCUUUGCUUCACGUCUUAAGGUGAAUCAGGGUCAUCCUCUCAAGGCAUCACAACCACUUCAGGUCGAUUUGAACGUCCAUGCUAGUUUGAUUUUUUUCCUGUGGCGUUUUAAAGCCCGGCUCUUCCACACGGCGCUUUCCCAUCCAGAUCCCCUGCUGGAGAACUCCUCCUCCUCCAGUGCUAACAAGCCAAACUGUAAUUCAAGUGUUCGACUGUUGUGUUUUAGUUAGACAAAAAAACGAAGCGCACGGACGGAGGUGUUUGUACAGAAACUCUAGCGUAAGACAUGGGAACACUCCCAGUGAGGUGGUAUCUCCUUAGACCUUUCAGCUUGCCCUCAGUGCACCAACCAUCGGCUCGGUAGGUUUGUGUGAUUAUCGUCUUUGAUUUCUCGGCAUGUGUGUGUGUGUGUGUGUGCGUGUGCGUGUGUGUGCGUGUUUACGUUUCUAUUAGAGAUGCUUAGAGCUAGCCACCCUGAGGGGGUCAUUUCUUAAGGUCAUUUAUAUCCUGUGUUGUGUAACCAAUGUCACAAGAAGUUUAAGAACUGCAAUAAAAUGUGAUGACAGUG